AUGCUGAGAAGUAUGAAAGGGCAUGAAAACCCUUCUGCAAUGACAUUUAAACAGCUGAAACUCCCUCUGCUAUAAUAAGCUCUGUUUCUCCACCUCUGUCCCUCUCUUAUUCCCACCCAUAUCCCUCCCCUUUCCCACCCCCAUGGCCAUCUUAAACCUAAGCAAGCCCACCAUUCAAUUGAUUCCCAGCAGUGUGCCACUAUUAGACCCAGUUACACUGACUGUGGUGGGCCUGGGGGUUUCACUUAGUGCUGUUUCAGAAAGGAAUCCUGAUCCCUUUCUAGCUAUGACUCCUUCUCCACAGGACUCAGGACAACAGCUGUCAGCAUACAGAGUUUCUUUCUAAACUGCAUUCAAGCACAUUGAAGAUACAGAGUGACAGAUUCUGGACUGCCAGAGAAGAAAGAGAAAUAAACAAUAGAAUCCUGUCGCUCCAAAGCUGUACCAGGAAGGGAGUAAGACAUGGGAUGCUGUACCGGACGCUGCACCUUCAUCUUCCUCUGUACACUGCAACUGCUUUCUGCUCUGGAGCGGCAAGUGUUUGACUUUCUUGGCUACCAGUGGGCUGCAAUUGUGGCCAAUUUCUUGCAUAUUAUUGUUGUUAUCCUGGGCCUGUUUGGCACCAUUCAGUACCGACCACGCUACAUUGUUCUGUAUACCAUCUGGACUGCACUCUGGGUUACAUGGAAUAUCUUCAUAAUAUGUUUCUACCUGGAAGUUGGAGGUCUUUCCAAGGACAGUGAUCUUCUGACCUUCAACAUCUCAGAACACCAUUCGUGGUGGAGUGAGCAUGGUCCUGGCUGUGUGAGCAGGGAAGUACCACUGAGCGGAAUGAAAGGAACAGAUAGUCGCUCCUACAUUUCAGUUAUGGGAUGCGCCAUAGAAUAUCACUACAUAGAGGUGAUGCACAGCGCAGUGCAGAUCUUUUUAGCGCUGCUGGGAUUUGUCUAUGCCUGCUACAUCAUCAGCCUUUUCUCAGAGGACGCAGAUGGCUUUGAUGUCACUGCUCGUGGAUUUGAACCAUUUCCCAUCUACCAUGUCAGCAAUCAGCCUUCCAACUUGUUGCUCAAACAAUCACAUUUGUCUUCGUAAGUGAUAGAGAGAAGGCAGCUGUAACAGAUUCCACAAGGCUGUCUUCAACUCCGCAGCCAUGGAGAAAAUAUUCUGGAGCUUAAUGGAACAGAGGUGCUGUAUUUCUGGUACAGCAAAGGUGAAGGACCAAACAACCAUGGACGCGUUUUGUGUUUACAAGCAUACUCAACCGCAAGAAAAAAAUCACUGUCUCUUUGGAAGAAAAUGGAGCAGCAGACAUUGAUUUUUAUGAGGCUGGGAGUAGAUAGCAUAAUAGAAUGAACUUAGCAGAUUCUGUUGAAAAGUGUUUCAGUCACUGAGAAGAUAGCAAUAUAGAAUAAACUUAGGAGUUUGGUUUAAAAGUGGGUCAGCAACAGAGAUCAGUCUGGAUAAGACCUGCAUCUACAUCAAAACUGAAUAACCAUCAUAAAAAAUGAGGAGAGGUGAAGUAAAAUGUAAAACUCUAAUAAAGUGCUCGGGCUUUGUGAAAAAAAAAAGUACUGCAUUAUAAGGGAUCCAACUAAUAGAGUUGUGGCACUCUGGGAGCAAAACAAAGUGAUUCCACAUAACAGAAUGUGACUUUCUGGGAGCAAAACAGACUCCUGUCUAAGAAUGACUAUUCAUACCACCAGCAAAUUCUUUUCUUUUCUUUUCUUAUUCAUUUCAGCAGUACAGCAUUCAGUUUGUAUGUGACUACCACACAGAACUACAGAUUCAAGUACUGCUAUUUCUGUGCUUCAAUUUGAGGAUCUGCAUCAAGGAAAGGAUCAAGGAAUUAUUUCAAGUUUUGUUUUCCUUUUUCUCAAAUGUAACAGCCAUAAUAGUGUGUUGACUUUACCUGACCUCAAGCAAGGGAGUAUUUAAAUGAGUUCAGAAUCCUUUUUACUGUAUCUUUAAUAGAACUUUUCUGCAUGGAAGAGUAUGCAACCGUUAGCAAGAAAUCAGGUUCUAGAACACAAACAUCUGACUUUAGUUUCUUAGAAAAUAAUUUUGUAUAACUAUUCUCUCAACUUUCAGCCCACAGUGGAUUUGUUUUUCCUUGUUUUACUCCUUGUAUUUUGACAUUCACUUUUCCAAGUAAAAUUACAUGAUCCGUGGAUUUAAACAGACUGUGUCAUUUGCAGAUCUGUGUAAAGCUCUUCAGCCAGAAAAAGUAGUAUUUGCAGUGUGUGUGUGUGUGUGUGUGUGUGUGUGUGUGUGUGUGUGUGUGUGUGUGUGUGUGUGUGUGUUAGAAGACUUUACCUUUCUUGCAGACAAGUAGAAAGAAGGCAAUACCAGCUGCAUACACAUUGAUAAGCAGGCUGCCACAACCUACAAGAGACAUCAACACUGAUUUCAUCAGUAUCAGGCUGAAAGUUCUGUGGUGCAGAGCUGGCUCAUCUAUUUCUGGCAGAGGAUGGGUUUCCUGAUUUGCUACAGUCCCUAAAACAGACAAAGGAGUCUACGGCAGACUGACAAAACAUUGUUCUGUGUGUGUGUGUGUGUGUGUGGGGGGGGGGGGGGUACAUGUGAUAGACGGUUUCCACAUUUGUCAUCAAAUACUUGCUUUCCAGAUGCCAGUGUUAGUGUUCCUUUCAUGUCACGUUUAUUAUUUGCAUCUUUUGGUCUUUAGUCUUUUCAUCCAGCUUUCACUGGCUCAUGCUAAAAUGGCUUGCCACUGUCUAAUACAGUAUCCCAGGCUGCAGUGAGCAGUCCACACUGGAGGUGGAAGAAGCAGGAAUGUACACAUUGCUGUGACAUAGCCCUUAUCCAUAUUGGACUUCUUAGCUACUUGUGCACUGAAUAGCUUCUGUCACAGUUGUAGUUUUCAAACCUCUGCUGUAUUCCUAGUAGUUUAAAAUGAGAAACUGUGGCUCAGUACAGUUUUAUAGAAAUUUAUGAUCGCUGAUACACUAGUUUGCUGAGAGGAGAGGCAACAGUUGUAAUUUAUUAUUCUUUACAGAGUAUAUCACUUAAGUAUUCUAUGAGGAAUUCAAAAUAUUGCCUACAGAGAGUGACCUGAAAAGAUAUAUUCUGUGACAGUUCUUAUUUAAAGUCUUUUAUAAGUUACAUGCUGAAUAUUUUAAAUCUGAUUAUUUCAUGAAUUCUGUUUUCUUAUUAUUUACCAGACAUAUUCUUUCUGUCCCUUUUUAGCAACCUUCUGUAUUUUGUGUGUUGAUACUUAUUGCUGUAUGUUUUUCAAAUUAUUUAAAAUGUUUUGUGGACUUUUCUUGCAUUUUAUAAAGUUUCAAGCCUCAUCUUUUUUGAAAAAAAAAAAAAAACAUUUUGCCCUGUUUAAAUGAAUUUUCUCCUCAAUAAAUGGCUUACAGUUGCA